AUGCAUGACCUUAUCAAUGAUUUGGCUAGAUUUGUUGCAGGAAAAUAUUGUCUCAGGUUGGAAGAUCACUACCCUGGCCAUGGCACCACAGCUAGAGUACGUAACUUCACAUAUUUUCCCAGUGAGUAUGACACAUUUGAUAAGUUUAAACUCUUGAGGGAGGGCAAGAAUUUAAGAGCAUUUCUCCCCGUUGGUAUGUAUCGAUCUGCUACUGGAAGAAUAAGCAACAAAUUUGUACAUGAUAUGUUGCCCACAUUCAAGUCUUUCAUGGUUCUGUCUUUGUACAAUAGAAGUAUAAUUAAGUUGCCCUACUCAAUCAGUGGUUUGAAGCGAAUACGAAUCCUAGAUCUGUCUCGUACGCACAUAGAAAAGCUAUCGGAUUGGAUAUGUACCCUGUACAGUCUACAAACAUUGUUGUUGUCAUAUUGCAAGAACCUUGAAGAGUUGCCCAAAGAUCUGGGGAAGUUAAUUAAUUUGUAUUACCUAGAUGUUAGUGGAGCUCUGCUCAAGAAAAUGCCAAUACAAAUGGAUAGAUUGACAAACCUUCAAGUUUUAACUACUUUUGUGGUAGGCAAGGACUGUGGUUCAGCAAUCAAGGAGCUGGGCCAGCUUCCUAUGCUUGGCGGUAAUUUACUCCUUUAUGGGUUGGAAAAUGUUUCUGGAGGGAGAGAAGCAUCAAUGGCAAACAUGAAGGGAAAGAAACACCUUAAAAGUUUAACUCUAGAGUGGAAAGGUGAUAUUAAUGAUUCACAAGUUCCGAGAGAUGUGCUUGAGAGUCUAGAGCCUCAUUCAAGUAUAAAUCAUUUGAAAAUCAAUGGAUAUCAUGGGACAAGAUUUCCUAAAUGGCUGGAAACCCCUUCAUUUUGCAGUAUAGAGUCCUUGAGUCUGUCCAACUGUGCAUAUUGCUUUCACUUGCCUGCACUUGGGCAGAUUCAGUCCUUGAAAUCUCUUGAAAUUGUUGGAAUGAGUAAUAUAUCAGCCUUUACUGAAGACAUGUAUUUUGGUAACAAUUGUGAAAUCGAACCUUUUCCAUCUCUCCAAAAAUUCAAAAUUGAGAAUAUGCAAGAUUUGGAGAGAUGGGAUAUUCCAGAAUGUGAAGUUUUUUGUAGUCUUGAAAAGCUCUAUUUAAUCGAUUACCCCAAACUCAAUGCAAAAUUGCCCAAACAACUUUUGUCGCUACGAAAACUUGAGAUUUCUGGAUGCGACAAUCUUGUGCUCUCUAAUGGUCGGUUGAGUAUCUUUGACAGUGACAUUCAACAACUCUCAUCUCUUUGUAAAUUAAAGAUUUCACGCAUGGAGCAUUUGAAAGAGUUGUCCCCAGAACUGAACAAGUUAGACUCCCUUGAGAGGUUGGAAAUUAGUGAUUGUGGGUCUCUCAUAUCGUUUCCCUUGGGUAACCUACCUACCUCACUGGAAAAACUUGUAUGCAAUGGUUGUGGCGGUUUUGAAUCAGAAAGCGCAAGUUACCAACCUGUUUCCCUCCUUGAGGAGUUGAAAUGCAAGAAUUGCAACUCUCUCAAAGUUGUCUCGCUUGGCUUGUUCCCUACGCUAAAAGUUGUUCAGGUUAAAGACUGCAAGCGUAUGGAGGUGCUCUCAGUUCCUCCAUGCAGGAUUGGGAAUGGAAGUGGUACUCUUAACUUCUCUGCAAUGCUUAAAGAUCUGGGACUGUGGUAA